AUGGAGGUGUGGCAGCCCAAAGGCAUUGGCAGUGAUCCCCCCAGCUUGAGUGUCAAGGAAGUGCAGAUAAAGAUCCCAGGAUGCGAUGAAGUCCUAACUUUGCCUGUCUACACCAACACCAAAGUCAUUGAGGUCAAAACGCUUCUGGAGGAUCGGCUGGGAGUCGAUGCGGAUCGGCUUCGACUGGUGUAUAAGACAGGAAGCAACUACCGACAGCACCAAGACUGCGACGAGAUCGCGCGGCAUGUGGUUCUUCAUGGUGUCAAGUCCUUCCGUCGGGUCAAGAAGCACUACGAGUUCCCACAUCUCAUCAUCGGUGCAGGGCACAUUGGCCUCAAGUUUGCCAUGACUUGGCUUAUGGAGGGCGUUACCAACUUCUUGGUGGUGGAUCGGAAAGCCCAGGUCGGGGGCACCUCAUGGCUGGACCAGGCUAAUUCCACGUCUCGACUGCAGACGGAGGUGGGAGUCUACCACUUGGAGUACCACGAGAACCACGGCUGGCCUGAUUGGGCUUCAGACAAUCCGUGGCCAUCGAGGGACAAGCUGCUCGAGCACUUCCAGGAUGUGUCCGAACGAUACGGACUUUUGCCCUAUGUGCGGCUGAACACCUCCGCAAAUUCCCUGAACGUCAUCGGAAAGGAGUAUUGGAGCCAGAGCUAUGAAGUCACCAUGAAGACGAAGGGAAAGGAGGAAGAGGUAUUCAGAGCAGCCUCCGUGUCGCUCUUCCCUGGAAACCUGACGAAUCCGAAACGUGUUACUUACCCGGGAGAGGAUACUUUCGAAGGAGACAUCGUGUAUGGCAUCAGCAAUGCUUUCAAUUACGAGAAGGUUCGCGGCAACAACGUUAUGAUCGUCGGCAGCGGUGCCUUCGCAGUUGAGAACGUUCGAACUUGUGUGGAGUUCUGUGCCAAGAAGGUGUACAUGGUCUGCCGCCGGAAGACCAUCUCCAUGCCACGCCUGGUUUCAUGGUUCAUCAACCAGUCAGCGCAAGCCAUCUCGGCGAAGCUCACCCUGGAUUCCAUGACGCCGAUGUAUGACCUGAUCGGCGUGGACCAGUGGUCUUACUAUAGCGUCAUCAGCAAUGAGGCGAGGACAAACGUAACGAUCAAGCAGAAAGCCCGGUUUGGUAUCGGAGAUGUGUACUUCCUGGCCGCGGCUUGCGGCUACUGCGAGCACAUCGUGGACGACACAAAAAGAGUCAGUGGCAACACCAUUCACCUGAACAGUGGUCGCAAGCUGGAGGAUGUGAGAUCCAUCCUCAAACUGUGUGGCUUCAAUGGUGAGUUCGCCAACGACCGGCUGCUCAAGAUUAAGGAGCUGUAUGGUUGGUGGGUGAACAAGGAUUACCGUCGUUACAUCGUGGCUGAGCCGAUCUUCGUAGAUGCUGGUAACUUCGGCUCUACCAGCUUCUCCCCCGGUGCCAUCAACUGGUCGGAGACGCAGGCACAUCUUUUGAUGUAUCCCAAAGAUUGGGAGCCUCUCUAUGAAGGCAACUGCUUCCCGGUGCACGAGGCGGAUGAGGAAAUUAGCCGCCCGGCCUACGUGGUGGAGGCGCUUCAUGGGUCCCUGGUUGGCUUGACCUUAGGCGCCAUGGUCCGAGGCAUUGCAGAGCGCUCGAUGGUGACAGGCCCACUGAAAAGGCAGCGGCAGCUUGAGAUCCAUCCGCCGGAGAAGUUUCUGGAAUGCUGUAAGCGAGAAUGGAACGAGUGGAAAACGACGAUCGAAGACCUCGGGUACACAGGUGCCCCAGAGUAUCCCUACACACUAGACAUGGUGAAGGAUCUCAUGCAACAGGAGAUGACGGAGCUUGCAAGACAACAAGCCAGUCGUGAUAUGCCCCCUGGUGCAGACCAUUUCCCGCCGCAGCUGCUGUUCUUGCAUCAGGGACAGAAAGAGCCGAAGGAGUUGCGGCCGGAUCCUCGCGUGGGAUGGCAACAUUUGAUGGACAUCACCAUGAGCGAGGUCCACCACGUCGCAACAAAGGGUCAGCUCAAGAAGGCAGCAGGCCCUGCAGAAACCGAAGCGCGAGGCGACCUCGACAAAGUCGGGAAGUCGACAAGCACCAAGUCGGGCUUGGUGCUCGGCUGGAGUAAGAGUGCCAAAAAGACGAAGGAAGUAGUUCAACGGGUCUACACUAACAUGAAAGUGCAGCUUUUCGUGGCCGCGCUCAUUGCAGGGAAUUUUGUGGCCAACAUCAUUGAGAAGUCGAUCGAUCCGGCUGGGACAUUGUACCCUGAUGUAUUCUACGGCAUCGAGACGUUCUUCAACGUGAUGUUCUUCAUGGAGCUUUGCGUGAACAUGUACGUCGAGCUUCCGGGGCCUCUGAGUAUGCUCCGCAUGAUGAGAGCGCCGAGCCCUGUUCCGAGUAUUCCGCCUGUUCAAGCGGGCCCGGGGACCGAGAGCAUGGGGAAGGUCAAAUCGCUCAACAAGAUUAUGGCUUCGCUGGCCAAGGCAGUUCCUGGCGUAGCGAACGCCUUCUUUAUCUUGCUGCUGGUGAUGUCCAUAUACGCCAUCAUAGCCGUGGACCUCUUCAAGGAUUAUGGCAAGGGUGGCAAAUACAUCAACAUCAAGGGGAACGAAGUGGCCCUGAUCACCAGCCGCCAGCAGGAGUAUGGCUACGAGUACUUCGGCAACUUCGGCAAGUCGCUCUACACAAUGUUCCAGGUCCUCACAGGCGAAAGCUGGGCCGAGGCUGUUGCACGGCCGCUUUUGCUCGGCAACAAUGUCGUUGAAGCCUUUGGCGUCGCUUUCUUCUUCGUCUCCUUCAUUGUCGUGAAUGGAGUGGUUCUUAUCAAUGUCGUCGUGGCAGUUCUGCUGGAGAAGAUGGUGGAUGACGAGAAAGACCCGCAGGAAGAGGAGGUCGAGGAAGACGAAGAAGAGGGUGAAGAGGAAGACAACAAUGUGCACUGGCCGAUGACCUACGAGCCUGGCAAUGCCAAAGCCUGGUCUCCGGGGAUCAACGGCGAUGCCAACGGCGACGGUCAGGCGAUCGACAGCGAGACGGCAUUGGGGCCCCAGGCAGUGGUGGUCCUGGCACAGGUGGUGGCAGUGCCGAUCACGGUCGUCAUCGUCGCUUUUGCGAUAUUUUACUACGUGGCAGAUCUCGACGCCAUGAAAGGAGACAUGAAAAGCAUCCAGGACGGUGAUCAGAGUCCCAAGUUCGGCGAAGGCACGCCUGGAGAUGAGGAUUGGUACAUUCUCAUGGCUGGACAUGCAUGCACGGUUAUGCACAUCAGUGAAGGUCUACGGCAAGCCGGCCUGUCCGAGUCGAUCAGCCUUCCAGUGUGGCAGCCCGAGCUCUGGGUCCAGACUCAGAAGUGCAUAUUCUCUGCGCCAACAGACCGGGUUUUGGCGUAA